GUUUUAAUAUCGCUGCAUGUCACCAUAUUUCCAAUUUUCUUGAUAAAUACGGGAUAUAUACUAGGUAUACGUAUUAAACAAUACCUUGUUUGUUUACUAUGAACAUUUAAAUAAUAAAAACUUGUGUCUAAACUAUUCGGUAUCAUUUUAUAAUCUCUCUUUCUCUCUCUUUCUCUCUCGUAAAUAAAAUGGCUACCGCCCAAAAUUAAAAUGAAACAAAAUGCUACGUAUGUGAUUUUAUUUUUAUACGAGAAAUUAUCUAGCGAUGUAGAACUUGCGACAAUUUUAUAAUGACGUAACCUUUACGACGAAUAUUUUCCAAAAAUAUAUCAGUAAUUGAAAAAGCAUUUUUGAAUGACAGUUGUCACUUUUAUAACACGAGUCAUGCAAAAGUCGCAUGAUUAAUGAUACAAAAUAUAAAUUGACACUUAAUGAAUGCAUUAAAUGUAAUUUACAUGAUUGUUGAUUAUAUUUAGCUGUUCAAUUUAUAUGAAAAAAUGCCGGUCCAAAAAGAUUCCAAUAUCGUGAAAAUUGCUGUUCAGAUGACAGACCAAGUACCACAGUUGAUUGAAUUUAAUCAGAAACAGCCAUUAACUGGUAUUAUUCAGGAGCUGUGUAAUGGAUGGGGUCUUUCUGAUUCAGAAUUAUAUUCAUUACAAUUUUCUGAAAAUAAUAAUCAAAAUUAUAUUACAGAAAAAAAUCGUAAUGAAGUAAAGAAUGGUAGUAUUCUGAGAUUGGAAUUUUCUCCUUCUAAGAUAGCUACUGAUAUAUUGACAAAACUUAAUAGUGGCACACCAGAGGAAAAUAUAACAGCAUUACAGAAAUUAAGUUCUUUAAGUACAGAUAUGACAUUUGCAUUAGAGUUUAUCAAUAAGCAAGGAUUGGGUCUUAUUAUUUCUCAGGUUGAGGGUGGAAUGCGUAAAGGUAACGCUUUAGCAUAUUCUCUUCAGUCCUUUGUAGAAUUGAUGGAUCAUGGGAUUGUAUCUUGGGAUAUUUUGGAGAUACCAUUUAUUAAUAAAGUAGCGAGCUAUGUGAAUAAUCAAUCUGUAUCUCUAGAUACCAAUAUAAUUGAAGCAGCACUUAGUAUUUUAGAAAAUAUUGUUUUAAAUUCAUCAGGCAAAUAUGCUCAAGUUGAAAAAGAAGUUACCUUUCCUAAUUUGGUAAUGCAUUUGCAAAGUACAAGUCCACAAAUACAGCAAAAUGCUAUUGCUUUGAUUAACGCUUUAUUUCUCAAAGCUGACACAUCCAAACGAAGAGCUGUCUCUGCUACAUUGCAGUCAAAACAAGUCCGAAAUGUUUUUCUUUCCAAUAUAAUUAAAUCAAGUGGACAGGUUGGUACAGAAAUGGCGCAUCAAUUAUAUGUUUUACAAACACAAAUUUUAAGUCUCUUAGAACAGAGAAUGAUGACUAAAAUGGAUCCACAAGAUCAAGAUGCACAUGAUAAAAUAAAAGAACUUAGACGAAUUGCAUUUGACACAGAAGGUGGUAUUGGAACAGAUGUAACUGCACGCAAGCAAGGUUUAUAUGCUAAGGAUUAUAAAAAAUUAGGUUUCAAAUAUGAUAUUAAUCCUGCUCUUGACUUUACGGAAACUCCACCUGGUAUGCUAGCGCUCGAUUGUAUGGUAUAUUUUGCUCGUAAUCAUACGGAAAAUUAUACAAAGGUUGUCUUAGAAAAUUCUUGCCGAGCGGAUGAACACGAAUGUCCAUUUGGCAGGACAAGUGUUGAACUUGUAAAAUUAUUAUGCGAGGUGUUACGUAUUGGAGAAGCACCUAGCGAGCAAGGACAAUCGUAUCAUCCUAUGUUCUUCACGCACGAUCAUCCAUUUGAGGAAUUUUAUUGCGUUUGUAUAGUUUUAUUGAAUAAAACAUGGAAAGAAAUGAGAGCCACUAUCGAAGAUUUUGUAAAAGUAUUUUCUGUUGUAAGAGAGCAAAUUACAAGAGCACUUCAGUGCAAACCAACAGGAUUAGACAAAUUUAAAAGCAAAUUACAACAGUUGACGUAUUCAACGAUUACUAAUCUUUGGCAGCAAGAAAGGACUAGUCGCGAGGAAUGGGAAAGUCACGCAAGACCGAUUGUUGAACUCAGAGAACAAAUUACACCUGAAAUAUUAGAGUUAAUUCAACAACAACGUCUUGGAUUUUUAGUAGAAGGAACUAGAUUUAUGAAAUAUAGCGCCAGAGGACAGAGAAUAAAGGAUAAAUUUUGGUAUGUGCGUUUAUCACCUAAUCAUAAAGUAUUACAUUAUGGGGAUUGCGAUGAAAAGUCAGUACCAUCGAUAGAUGAACUACCUACAAAAUUGGCUGUUGUUGAGAUUCGAGGUUUAAUAACUGGAAGAGACUGUCCUCAUAUGAAAGAUUUACAAAGAAGAAAAACGACGCAUCAAUUAGCAUUUUCCUUAAUAUUGGAUUCUGUUGAAGUUUCCAGUCUAGAUUUUGUUGCACCUGAUGAACAAGUUUUUGAUUAUUGGACUGAUGGCAUUAAUGCUUUACUUGAUAAUAGGAUGACCAGCAAAGAAGCUGAAAAUGAUCUGGAAACUUUAUUAUCUAUGGAUAUUAAAUUAAGACUUUUGGAUGCUGAAGGAAUUGACAUACCUCAAGAUCCACCGCCAAUUCCUGAACCCCCACCAAAUUAUGACUUCUGUUACGAAUUAAAACAAGCUAAAUGAAGAGGAGUAGAUCCAAAAUAAUCGGGUUUCUGCAAAUCAACGCCGCUGUAAAUCAACAGUCUGAUCAACUCUGCAUGUCCUUUGUAAGCGGCCCAAUGAAGUGCGGUGUCUCCAUUGAUAUCCGUCAAAUGGCCCAUUGCACCAGAUCCAAGAAGAAAGGCAGCUGUAGCAAAUUUUCCAAACAUACAGGCUGUCAUGAGAGGAGUUAGACCUUUAAAGUCGGCAGCAUUGACGGCAACUCCGGCCUAAACGUAAGUUAACCGUUAGAAGAAAACAUCUUCGAAUAUUAUCGUCUUUCAUUAGUCGCAUAUACGUAAACCUUCAAUAAUAAUUGGACUAUAGCACUAUGUCCUUUUCGACAUGCCCAAUGUAUAGGCCUGGGGCCUUGCGUUCCAAGACAAGAAUGAUCAAUGGGUCCGCUUCGUUCUAUAAGAUAUCUCAUCACCUGUAGCAUUAUUGUUUAUAUUGAAUCUUUUUCAGAAUAUAUAAUACGCUCAAGGACAAUAUAUUAUUUCACGUACUUCAAUAUUACCAUCCAAAGCAGCCCAAUGAGCAGGUGUAUAUCCCCACUCGUCUCGAGCAUUUAAUAUGCUCAAUCCAUUUUUCUCUACCAACUCCUCGACCGCCUCAAUCUCACUGCAAUACGAUUUAGUAAAAUCCUUUAAUGAGUGUGAUCAUAUCGAUAAAAAAAAAAAAAAAAAAGAAAAAAAAAAAAACAAAAAAAACCAAAUAUCUUUCAAAGAUACAACGAUCGUUUGUUAUUAGAUAAUAAUAUUUUUAAUAAUAAAUAAUUAAUGAUUAAAAUUCGUACGCUAUAACCUUGCUCUAAGAAGAUCAAAAAUUUGUUUAGUUUCAUCGCUUGGACUUUGGCCUGGCGUUGCUUCGGCAUAUAUAUUAUCAUCCGGUCCAUUGCUAUCCCUUCGUUCAGUACUUUUAUCAGAAUUUUGAUUCUGAUGUGUGCUGCCCGAAAGCAGGUUGCUGGGUAGAUGCCCGACCAUGUCGGGAUCGGGACUUAAUUCCCAUACGGAUCUUGCCGCACCAGGCCCUGUUACAGGGCUCACAGGAUAGACCUGUACGUAUUUCUCUAAUAAAUUUCAUAAUUCCUUAUAAAAAAAAAAAAAAAAAAAAAAAGAAAAAAAAGAAGAAGGUAAAAAGGAAAAAAAAUAAUAAAAAUAAAAGAAAAAAAAAAAAAACGAUAUACAAAAGAAAUCUAAAUUGGCGAAUUGGUUUUACCUUACACAGCGUCGCGAGUUCCGUGUUCAGUCGCUCGUGUUCGGAAGGUGUUCGUAAAGUUGCACCUUGCGUCGAUGUCGAGGAUGUACCACCACCUUCCGGAACGGUUAGUCACAAAGACACAUUGGGACCUAUCAUAUUUUCUACCUUUUCCUUUUUUUUUUGUUUUUGUUUUUUUUUUUUCCUUUCUUUUUCUUUUUUAUUACCUUUGAACUCUCGAAUCUUUUCACUUCAAACUUUUGGCCUCUUCUUUCUUUACGUUUUCUUUUUUUAACAUAAGUAGAUAUUCGUCAAUAGAAAUGCUUCGACUAGACUCCCUCGAGUCUCACUAAUGAAACGAAAUCAUUUUAGGACUAGGUUGCUUUCGUUGUUGCGCAUUCGAAUCAAUAGCGUCGCGUCGAAUGGACGCCUGCGUCUUGAUGAAACACGCAAUGUUAAUGUAUUACUCUUACCUUGAAGAUAUCUUUCUGAUAAUUUUACGUCAUUGUACAUUAAUCGGAAAAACCAAUUCGUUUUCCAAGAAAAAUUCUAAUAAUUGCAGGUAGUUUCGAACGAUCAUUGUACUAUUGUCAUUUUUUUUUAUUUUUUUUAUUUAUUUAUUUUUUUUUUUUUUUAAUGUCACGACGUAUGUAGAACAAAUUGAUCUUAAUGGAUCUACGAUUAAAUUCGAUUU